UUCACGUGAUACCAUAACUGGAUGGGAGCGUGCAGAGAAACAUGUACGCGGUAGAACUUGGGGUUGCUAAUAUUAGCGCCAAUUUAUUGCAAAUUUGUGUGUAAUUAACUCGAAUAUUCGAGUAUAUGAAGUAGUGGGGGACCACGUAUUACUAAAUAUGGAGCUGUAUGAAGAAGAAACAGACUUUAACAUUACACACAUCCCUAUGUUCUUACGUGUAGUCUCCAUAAUUGUUGGUUCUACAGCGUUGAUUAUCUACCGAUGAUCCAGUGAGUCAGCUUACCGUGGCUGAAGGAAAGUGAAACUUAAGCAGUGCUACAGUAAACUCUCUACAACUUGAGCAAAAGGUUGUGGAUAUGUUUGAAGGUCGUUCUGGUUUUCAGCGGAUAGUAAGGCUUGGUCUUCUUGCCAAUAUGGAUUUCAGUGAUGAGCUGGAUGUUACAAGUGAAGAUGAUUACGAAUAUGACCGUUGGGUACGUGGUCGUAACAACUCCCAUGGGUACCCAAGGUUCUCUGACAGGAGUACUGAUACAAGGUCGUCCAGCUCUGUUAAUCAGCUUCCACUGCAUUACUACACUUCAGCAUAUGAUCCUCACCCUUCUUCUGUAAAAGCUCAGGGCAAGGAGAAGGAUACCGAAAAAAAAGCCACAUUGUUACAGGAAACGAAAAAAAGCAAAGAAAGGGCAGAGAAGAAGUGCUCUAAAAAGCAGAAAAAGAAGCUGAAGAAACGGCGUGAGAAGUUGGAGAAGGAAAAACAGAAAGCUGCAAAAAGCGAAGAGGAAAAAGAUGAUGCACAGCAGUCUAAAUCGGAAGAGAGUAAAUCUGAUCAUGAUAAAUCCAGUUCCAGUGUUACAGAGUUGGCUUCAGCAAAAGACACUGACAGCAGUGACAGUAGUGAAGAUGAAAGCUGUGACGAAGAUAGUGAUGCCAAGAAUGAUUCAGGCGACUCUGAGGAACUGGAUAUGACAAGUACUUUUGUGAGUAAAGCUGCUCUUAUAGCCAGGCGGAAAUUGGAGAAGAAGCCUAGACCUGAGAAAGAGAAAAAGAAGAUCCCAGUUAAAGAAGAACCUAAAACUGUCCCAGACAAACAUAAUGAAGACUUGGAAGUUGAAAAGAAGGAUUCUGCUGCUCUGAGCAGCCCCACUUUGGAAGAUAAUGUAAAAAUAAGUACUGAUCUUGCAAAUAUUGGAAAUAGGCAUGCAAGUGAUGGAAACUUUAAUAUGGCUGUGAAGUAUUUCACGGAUGCAAUUAAAUACAACCCUACGGAGUAUAAGUUGUUUGGAAAUCGUUCCUUCUGUUUUGAAAAGAUGCAAGAAUAUGUAAAGGCGCUGACUGAUGCUGAGUUGUCUCUCAGCAUGUGUCCAGGCUGGGUUAAAGGUCUGUUUAGGAAGGGCAGAGCUUUGGCUGGUCUAAAGAGAUACGAGGAAGCUGCUCAGGCCUUCAGGGAUGUUCUGAAACUGGACAGUUCCUGUGCAGAAGCUGCCCAGGAGCUGAUGCGGGUGCAGAUAAUACAACUAAUGGCGUAUGGUUUCACUCGGGAGCAGAGCACAAAUGCUUUGAUUAUACAUGGGACAGUAGAGACAGCAGUAGAGGUUCUGUCCAAAUUAAACCACCGACCAGGAGGAAUUCAAAAUGAAAUGCUGCCACCACCUCAAGUAGCAAACAUCAGUGGAGUCUCUCCAGUGCUUUCAGCCAACAUAAAUGUUGCUCCUCUUCAGACUCAGGAUGCAUCGAAACUACCACUUAGGAACAAACCUUUAGGCCCAGUCCAGAAUAUGUCAUAUGUCAAGACUCCAAAGACCACCAAUGGAAACAGUCACCCAACCCCUGGGCUUUUUCCAGUUUGGGUGGGAAAUUUGAUUUACCCAGUGACCGAGACUGUGAUAAAGAACCUGUUUAAUAAGGUUGGAGUUGUCUAUAGUGUGAAGGUUCUGACUUAUAAACGAUGUGCCUUCGUAAAUUUUACAAAACAGGAGCAUUGUGAAGAAGCAAUCCAGCGCUUCAAUGGCUAUGAGCUGAACGGCGUCAGGAUUGCAGUGAGAUAUCCAGACAGGAUUCCUCAAGGCAUGGGAAUUUCCAAAACUGCUCUCAAAGCUAAUGACCUGCAAGAUGAUGAUGCGGGGCAAAAUGAUUACUUUAACAGGACGAGUGCAGCUGGAGGCCGGAGACCUGCUCGUCCUUACAGACACGUCCCAGACUCCAGAGCCAACCACAAGUAUUGAAGGGAAACAAGAUGCUCAUGAGCUGCCCCAAGGCUAACUGGUACUCUCUAAAAGCUGAAUCACUUCUAUUGUCCAUUACAGAUGUAUCAAUGGUAUUUACACAAUUUUAAGGCUCUGCUUCCUUUUGAAGUAUUUUUUAUUAUAUUUUUAGUAGACCACAAACCAGUGCUAAUCGGGUAAAGAUAUAAGUAUUAGUUCGAAAAGGACUCCUGCUGAGUUAAACAGAUGAUGUUUUAUAGUCCUUUAAAACCAAAACCAAACCUUAAUUUAUGGUUAUGGAAGCAGCUGAUUCCAUUUAUGAACAAAAACCGCCAAUGCUGACAUUGUUAAUAUAUUGGAGAGCUGCUAGAGUCGGCCUUAAUUUUCCUGGGAGAUUUCGUGCCCGAUGGCAGACAAAUUGCUUGGUGAAAACGAGGUUUAUAACAAACCAGUCUUAAUGCAGAUGGUAUCAUUAUUCUAUAGCCAUUACAUUGUGUAAUCAACAUUUACUUCAUAAUGAUCUGUUAAGCCAAAAACUUGUCUACUGCCAAUUUCAUUUAAAUGGUUAAAAACUUUACUAAACUCUCACAACUGUGUAUGAGUUCAAAUAUUCACAACGAUCUAUAGUAUUCACUAUACGUAUUACAAGUUACCUGUUAUAAACAAUCAUUAUCUAUCAUACAACUGACAUUAUUUUGUUCCAUACAUAAGUACUGUUAAAUUGCUUGUGGUUCAUUUUUCAGCAGUGGCUGAUCAUGGAGUGCCAUAUUUUCUUAUUCAGAUGCCUCAUUAAUUAUGGAGUUUCUGUUCUUAAUUCGAGGAUUAAAGAUUCUUUAAUAUGAA